ACAGGUUCGGUUGUUUCUGUCUUAACUGUUAAAGCCUAAGGGUAUUAUAUUUAAAAGUCUUUCUUUCUGCACAGAUGAUGGAGAAUUGUUCUCUAAUUUUCUGAAAUUAUGUCAUAGAAAGAAAGCUUAAUUGAAACUUGAAAACUUGAAUCACAUCCAGUGAAUUUUUUUCCAGAAUGAAAUCAACUGCUAUGAGUUGCAAGACACUAACCAAGUGGUCAAAACAAAUUACAUCAUCCCAAGUCCAGCAGCUGAUACGAGCAGAAAGGGACAUCCAGAAAGCCCUUCUCGUAUUUGAUUCAGCAACGGCAGAGUACUCUAAUGGAUUCCGGCAUGAUCAAAACUCCUUUGGCCUCAUGAUUUCCAGAUUAGUCUCCGCUAACCAGUUCAGAGAAGCUGAGGAGCUUCUUAAUAGAAUGAAGGAGGAGAAAUGUAACAUCACUGAAGACAUCUUCCUCUCCAUAUGCAGAGCUUAUGGCCGGGCUCACAAGCCAUUGGAUGCCGUGAGGAUUUUCCAGAGGAUGAAAGAAUUCCAAUGUGAACUCACUGAAAAAUCUUAUGUCACAGUCUUCUCUACACUUGUCAAUGAGAGUCAGAUGAAGAUGGCCCAAAGGUUUUAUAAAUAUAUGAAAGAAAUGGGUAUUCCACCAAGUGUUGCUUCACUCAAUGUUUUGAUUAAGGCCCUCUGCAUGAACAAUGGGACAAUUGAUGCCGCUUGUCAGGUAUUCAGAAAUAUGCCUAAUCGUGGGUGUAUUCCUGAUUCUUAUACAUAUGGCACUUUAAUUAAUGGGUUAUGUAAAUGCGGGAGGAUUAAUGAAGCAAAAGAGCUUUUCAAAGAGAUGGAGGCAAAAGGUUGUUCGCCCUCUGUAAUCACCUACACUUCUUUAAUACAUGGUUCAUGCUUGUCUAAUAAUUUGGAUGAAGCCAUGGGAUUAUUCAAAGAGAUGAGAACGAAAGGUAUCAAUCCCAAUGUGGUUACUUACAGUUCUCUGAUGGAUGGUCUCUGCAAGGGGGGCAGAUCUUCACAAGCUAUGGAGCUAUUGGAAAAGAUGGUUGGUGACCGGCAUCCUCCGAACAUGAUAACUUAUAGUACAUUAAUUAAUGGACUUUGUAAAGAAAGGAAGCUUCGGGAAGCAUUGGAGAUUCUUGACAGGAUGAAGGUUCAGGGCUUGAAACCGGAUGCAGGAUUGUAUGGAAAAAUCAUAAAUGGCCUCUGUGAUCUCCUUAAGUUCCAGGAGGCUGCAAACUUCCUUGAUGAGAUGGUGCUUGGGGGUAUCUCGCCUAAUCGUUUGACUUGGAAUCUUCAUGUUAAGACUCAUAACAGAGUGGUUCAGGGCCUUUGUACCGAGAAGAAUGGAAAUCGAGCUUUUCAAGUGUAUCUGAGUAUGAGAAGUAGGGGGAUCUCUAUUAGUGCUGAUACAUUCAGUGCUCUUGUAAGUUACUUCUCUAAAAAAGGUGAUAUCCACAAGUCUGCUCGGAUUGUCGACGAGAUGGUUGUUGAAGGAUGUGUUCCAGAUGAGGCCAUAUGGUUUGCUGUUGUCGGUGGAUUCUGGUGUCGGAGGAAGGUGCAUGAAGCUGCUGAGUUGGUUUUGGUUCAGUUGAUGGAUGAAAGCUGCAGUUUGAGCACAGUAUUUUUGGGAAAUCAUCCGGAGGAAUUGUGCUUUACAUGAUUCUUUGAAAGCCGAACUGAAACAUAAUCAGCAUACCCUCAUCCUUGAAGUUAUUCUAGUUCGAUGGUAAUAACAAUAUAGCAGCAAUCAUCCACUCUCCUCCAAUACUGAGAAUUUCUCCUGAAUGGUAUGGCCAUUUAUAUCCUCCAAAUGCAGGCAACUCAAAGCAAAGGUGUUGAAUUAAAGGUUAGAAUGUCAUGGACCGCAUUGUAUUGGAUGCUGCAAUAACCAGAGGGUGUGGACAUGAUAAAGAUCUGAAAUUACUAGACCAAUGAGGGUCCCGACUGGAUGAACAUUCAUGUGGCUCAAAGAGAUGACUGUCAAGGGAAGCUUAUCUUGAUGGACUGUGUAAGUGGAAAUUUUGCCUAGAAGUACUUCAUUGUUGAUGCUGCAGGUAAGCUAUGACAACUCACUCAGAGAUGGGAGAUGACAUAUAACUCUGAGCACCCAAGCCCUGCUCAAAAUUCAAGACCUUACAACAGGAAAUUCCGGAGGCCUCUGGCUCAGAACUGUUCAAAAAGCACAUGCAUGAGCAAGUUUGAAGAUAUUGCCAAGGAAGUCUUAACAAAAUGAUGUGCUCAUUCUCCUAAAUGAAAUCUUUGGACAAGAUUAUGAUAGCAAUAGUUUGAGUUGGAAGCCUAGUCCCUAAUAACAUGUUUGGCAUUGAUGCUGUUGAAACAGUAUUCCAACAGCUCUGCUAUGCCCAACAUGAACAACUGUAGUGGUAUUAUGACAAU